GCUGGGGCGGGGACAUCGGGACUGCGGCGGCGCGGACAGCAGCGAGCAGCGGGGACCACAGCGGCCCAGGGUCGGUCUGGGGUUCUAGCAGCCGGCCCCGCGCGCCCAGCCGGCUUCGGAGAAGAUGCCAGAACAGAGCAAUGACUACCGCGUGGUCGUGUUUGGCGCAGGCGGCGUGGGCAAGAGCUCGCUGGUGCUCCGCUUCGUCAAGGGGACGUUUCGCGACACCUACAUCCCCACCAUCGAGGACACGUACCGGCAGGUGAUCAGCUGUGACAAGAGCGUAUGCACCCUGCAGAUCACGGACACAACCGGCAGCCACCAGUUCCCGGCCAUGCAGCGGCUGUCCAUCUCCAAGGGUCACGCCUUCAUCCUGGUGUUCUCGGUGACCAGCAAGCAGUCGCUGGACGAGCUGAGCCCCAUCUACAAGCUGAUCGUGCAGAUCAAGGGCAGCGUGGAGGACAUCCCCAUCAUGCUGGUGGGGAACAAGUGCGACGAGACGCAGCGGGAGGUGCACACCCGCGAGGCGCAGGCCGUGGCGCAGGAGUGGAAGUGCGCCUUCAUGGAGACCUCGGCCAAGAUGAACUACAACGUGAAGGAGCUGUUCCAGGAGCUGCUGACGCUCGAGACGCGCCGCAGCGUCAGCCUCAGCGUGGACGGCAAGCGCUCCAGCAAGCAGAAGCGGGCCGACCGCAUCAAGGGCAAGUGUGCGCUCAUGUGAGCCCGCCACAGCCGGCGGCGUGCGCCUGCGGGGCUCCUGCUCCCCUCCCUCCUCUCCCCUCCUAAUGCACCCUCCUCCUCCUCCUCUUGCUCCUCCUCCU